UAAAGUCUAUUGUUAGGGCCCGAUAACAUUCAAGUUUGUUUUGUAUUUUCGUUUCUUUGUACCAAUGAGUGCGAGGUAGUAUUUGAGGUGAGAAGAACCGAAAAAGUGUUUGACAGUAUCGGUCUUAUUUGACCCUCUUGGGCUUCUGUCACAACAAUUCUUACAGCUGACUUAGAGCACGUGACUCCCAGGAAGAGAAACACCGAGCACAGACAGAGGAUGGCUGCGAUAAUUAAAGAAACUCAAAGCAUAAAACAAGCAGUGACCCUUAUCAAUGGCAUUGACCCUGGUAAAUUCCCAAGACUGCUUUCCCGCAUCCUUCAGAAGCUUCAUUUAAAGGCAGAACGUUCCUUUAGUGAGGAGGAAGAGGAGAAGCUACAGUCUGCUUUCUCACUGGAAAAACAAGAUAUUCAACUAAUCCUAGAAACUGUGUCGUUUAUUCUAGAACAGGCCGUCUACCACAAUGUAAAGCCAGCUUCUCUCCAGCAACAGUUAGAAAAUGUUCACCUUAACCCUGAGAAGGCAGAGGCCUUUGCCCAGGCAUGGGCCACUACUGGCCAAGAAACUGUUGAGAAAUUCAGACAGAGAAUGUUUGCACCGAAGAAGCUCGAGAGUGUUGGAUGGCAGCUCAGCCUACAAAUGGCACAAUCCACACAAGCCAAAAUGAAGUCACCUUGUGCUGUUUUAGAGCUUGGGGUCCGCAGUGAAGAUUCAGAGAACUCUGAGAAAAUGUUUGUGGAGUUUAGCCAUGAGGAACUUCUUGACUUUUACAACAAGAAUGUGAUUUUAUCUUGCAGCUAGAAACUAUACAAGCACAGCUGGACUCUCUCACAUGAUGUCAUUAAAAUUGAUCUGAGCAAUUAAUUUGUGACUGUGUGAUGUUAUUAAUUGAAGACCUGGAAGAACACAUAUGCUGAAUAUAACCUUUAUCUUAAGAAAUGGAAGUAACAACCUUUAUCAUAGUGUGAGAAUUCAACUGUAGUGUUUCUUCCUUUUUUCAGAUUUUAUCUUCAUUUCUGUCUCAAUGUCAAAACCAAUUCCGUAAUAUUAGGCUGAUUGUGUAGGAUUAUUUAGUCUAAAACCCAAUGUUUUCACCAAUUGCAAACUACUAUACAACACAGAAAAUGUAUUGGAAAUGCGUGUCAUGAUUUCAUGUUUGUAUCUUUUUGUGUGCUAAUGUGGUAUCAGCCCAAACUGUUUUAAGCUGCAUUGAACUGACUGACCCACAAGCUCCUUUCACAUUGACAUUUUCAUACAAGUCACACUUUGUUUUAGAUUUUUUAAAAUAAAUAAAUACUUGAA